AUGGCAAUAUUAUUAAAUGAUAAAAUGGGUAAAAUACUUGAAGGAAAUCUUAUGAAAUUGGCUCGUUACGAUGUGAAUACCCUGCUUUCAUCAGUACUCUCAUUAACUAAACCUACAGAUGAGAUUGGUAAAGCAUACGUUGAAUUCCUACGAGUCAAUUUAGAACAAAUGCGUCAAAAAGUUUCCGAUGAAUUAUACAUUCUGUCAAUUAUGGAGACAUGGUAUAUGACACAGACAAGAAUGAUAAAUGAUUGGCUUAAUGAACGCAAAGGAAAUGCAUUAAGUCCAUACCAAUUCACCUGUCUUUCUACUAUCAUCAAAAAAAUGUAUUCAGAUUUUGAACUUCAAGGUAUCAGUCCAGAUGCAUUGGAUACAAUGGCCUAUAAAACAAUUAUGCAAAGACUUCAGAUGGAAGAAACUGCUCAAGCUGUACGACCUGAUUUAGGAAAUAGCCCAACACGAUCUAUCUUGGGUACAAUAACCGGCAGUCUAAGUGGUAUUCCAAAACCGGGAUUCUUUAGCAAAAUAUAG